AUACAGUAUGACAGGACAAGAAAAAGGGAUGGAAAACCCUGGAAUGAAAUAGAGUAGCUCAGUGGUUAAGAGGUUGGACUACUGAUCGGAAGGUUGAGCGUCCAAAUCCUGGCACUGCCACUGCUGGGCCCCUGAGCAGGGCCCUUAAGCAAGGCCCUUAACCCUCAACUGCUCAGUUCACUAAACAAUGGGUCCCACUCCUGCGCCAGAGAGCAAGCCAGCACGCCUGGAGAUCAGUGGUGGGAAAUCCGCCUACAUCAAGCCAGUAAGAAGCAUCGUAUCUCAAGCAAGAUCUCAUCAAAUAGUUGUUGAACAUUCACAGAGAAAAAAAACAUCAAACUUGACCGUGUACAAGGUGCCAAAUAAACGAGACAAAAGCGUCAGCAUGGCAUUCUGCUUCGAGCUGAGAAAGAAGAAAUAUUUUCCUGUAGUGGAGAGGGACUCUGAGAACAAAAUGAGUUUAAAGAUACAGGCACAGAAUGAGCCCAAAAAGUUCAGCGAGAGAUUCCUGUUCAGGUGGGCUGAGAAUAACGGAGAGUAUGGAAGCUUGUGCUCAGUGGCAGAACCCAGCCAAUACCUGUGUGUGUGUAAAAACCAGGUCACCAUUAGCUCCAACCCAGACCUUGGUUUCAGAGUCCAGUUUCUUGAAUCCAGCACUAAAAAUCUGAAUGCUCAGAGUGCACAACAGUGGCAUAGAGGAGGGGCACGAAGGGCAUGCAAGGCAUUCAGAGCGGAGGAAGGCCCUGCAGUGGGCGGCCACCAGAGGAGGUCGAAAAACUAGCGAGAAGAAGAAAAGCACGAUUUGAACACCGUCAAGAGUAUUUUGUGUUCUAUAGACCGUUUUAAACACUUUCACAUGUACAAAUGUGGAAGCAUAAGUAGUAGAGUUUUAAAACUACCAGUGAGAAAAUGAACAAUGGCAGCAAAUACUAAUCACUACAGCAUCCCUAAACACAGAAGUGGGUUUGUAUUAAGCCACUGCUGCAGGAAGGUAGAGUUCCUACUUUCUUGGUUCGCUUGUAGUCAUCUAGAACAAGAAGCCAUUUUGUACUUUUCCAUCCAGUUUUGUGACGGCAGUCCUCAUAUCUUGAUCUUUUUAAUGUUUACUACAGGUAAUGUUAUACUGUAAUACCAAUAGAGAAAAGAUCAUAUAUUGUAUAUGUAAUGUAUACUCACAGUACUACAUUGUGUAGAUAUGAUAAAUUAGACUACAUUAGACUACUUAUAUCCAUUUCCUGCUUGUUUUAUGAAAUAGAUUGUCUGAAAAUAAUGGAUAAAAACUUCGCUUAGCCACCUCUUUGGUUUUGUCAUUAUGCAUUCACUUCAAUACUACUAUACUGUAGUUCACUACCGUCUCUAUACCGUCUUGUGUGUUCACUGUCCAUGCUAAUAUUGAACCACUCUUAUGACCAUUUACAUGGGAUAUGAUUUAUACGAUCAUGAAUUAUGUAUGUACCAUGUAUAGGUGAAGGAUUUGUGUUUUUCUAACUUGUUUAUUUUUUCUAUUAUUAUAUCAUUAUCAUUAUAACAACAAUAAUAAAGCAGUUAUUAAAUUUU